AGGGAAACUUGAGUCACUCUUUCUCCCAUAUUAACUCAUUAUUUUAAAGGUUUCCUUCAGCCUCUUCUAGAAUGGAAUGAACCUUUGGAUUGUCUUAAGAGGACCAUGGUAACAUUUCAGGCUGGCUGCUUCCUGUUGGUUGCUAGGCACUAAGCCUUCCUCCCUACCAGAGGCUGUAAAGUGCUACUGCUGCUGCUAUUGUCGGUAGUGUUUGUCACACGUAUCUGCUCAGCUCCGGAAAAUGAUGGCAUUGACGAUACUCUCUCCUGGAAAACCUCUCAUCACAGAGAUUCUUCUCAGCUUUAAACAGCAAUAGUGAAAGUCAGUCUGCAAUCAUUGGAAUAAGACUUUUGCGAAGGAAUAUUGUGCAGCAUGGAUUCUCUACCAGAAGAAUUUUUGGGGAGGGAUCCUUUGGAGGAGCAAACAGAGGAGGAAAUUGAGAAUAAAGUAGAAAAAUCAUCUGAUCAACUGGACAAACAGGAAAAGGACAUACCUAUUGAUCUUGUUCCUAUUAACCUACUAUUAGAAAUGAAGAAAAUAUUGAGUGCAAUUAACACUCUACCAAAAGGUGUGGUCCCUCACAUUAAGAAGUUUUUACAAGAAGAUUUCUCCCUUCAAACUAUGCAGAGAGAAGUGGCAGCUUACAACAAGAGUGAUGAGGAAAUUGUUCCUGCUUUGACUUUAAGUUUCUUGAUAACACAACUGGAAGCAGCACUUAGGAACAUUCAAGCUACUAAUUAUACUGCACACCAGAUUAAUAUGGGUUAUUAUUUGACAUUACUAUUUUUAUAUGGAGUAGCUCUCACUGAAAGAGGAAAGAGAGAGGAUUAUACCGAAGCUGAGAGCAAAUUUCUGGUGAUGAAGAUGGUGAUUCAAGAAAAUGAGAUUUGUGAAAACUUUAUGUCAUUAGUUUAUUUUGGACGUGGUUUAAUUCGAUGUGCUCAGAAAAGAUAUAAUGGAGGACUGCUAGAAUUUCAUAAAAGCUUACAGGAAAUAGAAGAUACAAAUGAUCAUUGGUUUGAUAUAGAUCCUGCAGAAGAUGAAGAGUUACCUACAACUUUUAAAGAUCUCCUUGAUAAUUUUAUCAAGACAUCUGAAAGUAAUAUAACGAGACAGACCAUUUGCAGUUAUCUAGAUUGUGAGCGAUCUUGUGAAGCUGACAUCUUAAAGAACACCAAUUACAAGGGUUUUUUUCAGUUAAUGUGCAGUAAAAGCUGCUGUGUUUAUUUCCAUAAAUUUUGUUGGAAAAAGUUCAAAAAUUUAAAGUAUCCAGGUGAAAAUGAUCAGAAUUUUAGUGGGAAAAAAUGUUUGAAGGAAGGAUGUACAGGUGACAUGGUAAGGAUGCUACAGUGUGAUAUACCUGGAAUUGUUAAAAUUUUGUUUGAAGUUGUGAGAAAGGAUGAAUAUGUAACCCUUGAAAAUUUAGGAGAAAGUUACAAAAAUUUGAUGUCUCUGAAAAUAACUGAUACUGAUAUAAGACCAAGGAUCAGUUUAAAAUUUAGUACAAAAGAUGAAAUGUCUAUCUUCAAACUUGAUUAUAAUUAUUUCUAUCAUCUGCUUCAUAUUAUUAUUAUUUCUGGUACUGACACUGUUCGGAAAAUAUUUGAUGAGGCUAUACCACCCCCUCUUUUGAAAAAAGAGCUUCUUAUACACAAGAAUGUGCUGGAACCCUACUACAACCAUCUCUGGACCGAUCACCCUUUGGGUGGAGCAUGGCAUCUGCUUUAUCCCCCAAACAAGGAGCCACCACAGUCCAAACAGUUUGACUUAUACCUCCUAUUAGCAGUCAUAAAACAUUUGAAUGUAUUCCCUGCACCCAAAAAAGGCUGGAGUAUGGAACCACCAUCUUCUGAUCUCUCUAAGUCUGCAGACAUCCUGAGGCUGUGCAAGUACAGGGAUAUCCUUCUUAGUGAGAUUUUGAUGAAUGGUCUCACUAAGUCACAGUUCAAUUCAAUUUGGAAAAAAGUUUCAGAUAUUCUUCUGCGCCUUGGGAUGAAGCAAGAGGAUAUUGACAAAGUGAAAGAGAAUCCCAUUGAGAAUAUCUCCCUUGAUUACCAUCAGCUCUCCAUCUAUCUAGGCAUACCAGUACCAGAAAUCAUUCAGAGGAUGUUAUCCUGCUAUCAACAAGGAAUCGCUCUACAGUCAAUAACAGGCGGUCAAUGUAUUGAAAUAGAAGACUCACAGAAUGAGGAAGAAGAGCUAAGUCCACCUCUCAUGGAGUACAAUAUAAAUGUUAAAUCAAACUUUGAAAUACAGUUAGAAGAAAUGAAUAAAGAUGCAGCAUCAAUACCCAGUGAAUCUUCAACAGAAUCUAUUAAAGAUCUCCAGGAACUUAAGAGCAAAACAAAGAAGAAAAAAAAGACUAAGAAUAGGAAGAAUAAGGAAGCAAAUGAAGAGCAAGUCCCAAAUAUAGCAGGAAUGGAGGAGCAUAUGAAGAAAGAUCAUGCAAAUCCACACCUAGUCAGUAGUUUUAUGAAAGAUGAUGGAAGUGAUGUACAAGAAGAUUCUGCUUCUGAAGACAAGUUCUAUAGCUUGGAUGAAUUGCAUAUUCUGGACAUGAUAGAGCAGGGUUCAACCAACAAGGUAACUGCAGAGUAUGGAGAAACUGAAAAGGAAAAGCUUGCUCGUCAACGACAGCUUUAUAAAUUGCACUACCAGUGUGAAGAUUUCAAAAGACAGUUGAAAACAGUGACUUUUCGGUGGCAAGAAAACCAAAUGCAGAUUAAAAAGAAAGACAAAAUCAUUGCAUCUCUUAACCAACAAGUGGCUUUUGGAAUCAAUAAAGUUUCCAAAUUACAGCGUCAAGUCCAUGCUAAAGAUAAUGAAAUCAAGAACCUUAAGGAGCAACUUUCCAUGAAAAGAUCUCAGUGGGAAGUGGAGAAGCAUAAUCUGGAAAGCACAAUUAAAACAUAUUUGAACAAACUGAAUGCGGAAACUAGCAGAGCUUUAACAGCUGAGGUGUAUUUCUUACAGUGUCGUAGAGAUUUUGGUUUGCUUCAUCUAGAGCAGACUGAAAAGGAGUGUCUCAGUCAGCUUUCCCGGGUGACUCACUUGGCGGCAAGCAACCUAGAAUCACUUCAAUUAAAGGCUGCAGUAGACAGUUGGAAUGCCAUUGUGAUGGACGUUAGAAACAAGAUUGCCUUCCUCAGGACACAGUACAAUGAACAAAUUAACAAGGUAAAACAGGGGUUUGCUUUGAGUACCUUGCCUCCAGUACAGCUUCCUCCACCACCACCCAGUCCUGAGAUACUGAUGCAGCAGUUCUUGGGAAGACCCCUUGUUAAGGAAUCUUUCUUUAGACCUAUACUCACUGUUCCUCAAAUGCCUACAGUUUGCCCUGGAGUCAUCUCUGCACCUGGCCAACCCAGAGCCCCCCUGAUGACUGGCAUAGCCUGGGCUCUUCCCACACCUGUGGGAGAGGCUCUGCAUCCCAGUGCAAGUCUGGGAAAUGACCCUUCCAUGAUGAACUGGGACAGGAUUACUGACAGGCUGAAAAUUGCCUUUCCACAACAGACCAGAAAGGAACUCACAGAUUUCUUACGAAAAUUGAAGGAUGCUAAUGGGAAAUCCUUAUCUGGACUGACGUUUGAUGAAAUUGUUUACAAGGUUUCCCAAUUUCUUGACCCCAAGAGAUCUCAGAGUCAAGGAAAAUCAGUAGCGAAUGGUAAUUGUGUUUCACCCAGCCAUUCUCCACCACAGUGUAAUGCUGUCCAGCCCCCAGCACCAGCCUGGAGGCACCUCCACUCACAAGGUCCUGCCACUUGGGAAGCAGCUAGUAAUUUGGAUGAGGAGGAGGAAGAGGAGGAGGAAGAUGAGGAGGAUGAGGAGGAUGAGGAGGAUGAGGAAGAGGAGGUAGAGGAGGAGGAGGAAGAGGAGGAGCCUUGUGUGAUCUGUCAUGAGAAUCUCUCUCCAGAAAACCUCUCAGUUUUGCCCUGUGCUCACAAAUUCCACUCUCAGUGCAUUAGACCAUGGUUGAUACAACAGGGGACAUGCCCAACCUGCAGACUCCACGUUUUGCUACCAGAAGAAUUCCCUGGUCACCCCAGCCGACAGUUGUCCAAGAUCUGAUACCAGGAGAUGAGUAUGCUAAGGAAGUUCAGUUUUCAUACUCCAGAAUUUGGUUUUGCCUUUUAUUAUGAGCUGUUAGUAUGACUGAUGUGAAUCAGCAUGUUCUUUAGUGCUGUUCAAAAGGAAUUAGCUAAUCUCCUCAAAGCCACAGCCAAAGAGGACAGGACAAAAGUUCAGGACUUGUGAAUUGAAAUGAAAAGGCUUAAAUAAGAUGGAAUUUUAACAGUUCCAUUAUAUUUGCUCUUACCUUAAUAUGUAAUUUCUUCCAGUGGAACUAAGCAUGUUCUUUAGGAUGUCUUUUUUUCUCUUUUUAUUUCUUAUUCCACUCUCCUUUCCUUCCUCCUAAGUAUACUACAUUUUAAUUUCUAGAAAUAAACUUAAAAGAGAAAUAGUAAACAAGACAGGUAUGCAAAUUCUACAGAUUGUGAUACUCCUUUUGACUUUAAAACUACUUUAAAAAUAUAAUUAGUCUCUUUGAAUUUUAUCUGUCUCUUCCCCAUUCUUUUCUAUCCUCUAAGAUAUGUACCCAUGAGAUUAUGAGCUACUUGAAGGUGGGGACCAUGCAGUGGUCUGCUGGAGCUGGCUCAUACUGGCUUGUGAGAGGCAACUGUUAAAGUUUCAGGAAUUUUGUGUUGUUAAAUUGUUGGGAGCUUGAAAUCUGCCAUACUGGUAAUAUUUACACCAUAGCAAUUGGUAAGUGCUAUAAUAGGGUUCCCCUCCCUGCCAAGAGCUGGUUGUUAAACAAUUACCAGUAUGCCACUGGACCAUGUCUGAUUCUUCUUUAUAUUCCCGAUGUCUUGCACAGUAGGUAGAUAAUAAUAAAUACUCCCAAAUCAGAUAGUUGUAAGUGAAAGAAUUAAUAUGCAAACUAAGUCACUUGUACAGUUGAAUAAUAGAGAUCUUGGUUCAAUUGUAGACAUGCUGUCUUUGGACCUUAAUCAUUUAUGCUUUGGAGGGAUUUUUUUCUGCCUUAAAAAGUCUCCAAUUUCACUUUCUGAUGCUGAAGGAGGUGAUGGGAGGAGCCAUCUACUGUUUGGGUGUGGUUGGCUCUUAUACUGUUGAUACCUCCUGGGCUAAGUUGCAUAUCUAAAGCUUGUCGCUGAGAACUUUCAUUCUUGUAAGGCAAAAACUUAUUUGAAGAUAGUAUUGUGUAAAUGAAGCUAGUAUUGUGUAAAUGCUGUAAGUGUUGUACAUGUCUCUUGUUUCAAAAUUAAAGGAAUUUGGAGUUACCUUGUAAGAUACGUUCCUUGGUUCUUAUUCACAGUCUAAAUUUCAUUAACUCAUGGAAAAGAAUAAGUGUUUCCUAACUCAGUAACUAUUUUGUCUGUAUAUUUCAGUGUAAAUGUAUCUUAAAGCUGCUUUAAAUCUCUAUUUAAAAUCUCUAUUACUGUUUAACUGUAUGUUAAGAACUUUGUUCUAUAAAAGGAAUGGACUGGAAAUCAUGUGAAGAAUAGCUAAAAAGAAGGCAGUCAUUUAGAAAUAUAAUGCCAAGAAUGUCUCAGAAUUGCAGAAUUCAGAGCGUAUCAGGCCCUUAUCAUCUUGUCUAACGCCUCAAACAUCAUGAUCAUAUAGCAGAUUACCUUGUAAGAAAAAUGUUUCUUAGUUUGUGCAGUUUCCAACUGCAGUUUCACUUAUGUGUGGUAAUGAAUAAAUGUGUUACUUGAACAAUUA